AUGGGCAAACACACCACCAGUUCUUCCUCUUCAUCCAGCAAAAGCAAACGAAGCCUUAGCCGCAAGUCUUCAGCGUCUUCGUCCCUAGCACAGAGAGUCGGAGACGUAGACAGGGUUGCUGAUGAUUCCCCGACGCUCCGCCAGGACGUUGCCCUUCAGCCCCUAACAUCCUCGUCCUCAUCCUCCACCUUCAGGUCCACUGUGACUGUCUCACCCUCACACCCAGUCCAACAAGACCAGGGCCAUGUCUUGCCGUAUCAGGCUCCGGCCUCUCAUAUGCCUCUGCCAUUAUUAACUACUUCUGCUACCCCGGCUGCUUCUUCUUCUACUCCUCCAAAACUUCUCGUCGACGAUCACAAUGCAGCUCUGUCGUCCCUCGAACAUACCGACAUAGAUGACAAUCUAGAUGCUACGCCUCAACCAUCAGUCGCCGACCUAGACAUGGCUUCCAAGAAGACGCCCUUCUUGCGCUCAGCCGCCGCCCGCUCCGACGCAGCUCCCUACGGCUCCGUAUCGCUAACGCCCAGUCGCAAUAAUUCUCCUGCUGGCAGUGAUAGAUAUGAUCCUGACUCUCACCAACUUCGUCAAGUUACCGAUACAAUGCGCAGCGAGACCUCGCACCGCUCCGGACUCAGCAAAAAGUCCUCCUCGAGAUUGUCAGAAGAGAUCGAUGGCGCCGUCCUAGUUUCCGGCCUUGAGGGCCGUAUGGGUCUUGGUGAACCUACACAUCCUGCUGUUCUCGAUGGCAGCUUGAAAGACGACCAGUCUGAGGAUAGCGCAUUGCUAGACGACGCUUCUUCCGCUGCCUCAGAUACCGAAUAUCUAGAAAACUCUCCUCACGAGGCCGUUCGCGCUUCGGUUCCGCCCACAGACAACACCACUCUCUCCAUAAACACACCGCGCAUGUGGUGUCUCUCCGUCAUAUUCGCCAUUCUCGGCUCCUCGACCAAUUUGUUCUUCUCAUUAAGAUACCCCAGUGUUGCCAUUACUCCAGUUAUUGCUUUAUUGCUUGUCCAUCCUCUUGGACACCUGUGGGAUUUCGUGCUAAAGCGACCCUACGACCCUGAAGAAGAGUUCGUUGACGGUGUGCGAGUACCAUCUGUUAGCGACGAUGCGCAUAGUGCACAUAAGAUUGAGAAACGCACUCGUGUGAGGAGGUGGCUUGCGCAAGGCCGUUGGAACGAAAAGGAGCAUACGUGCGUUUAUGUUAGCAGCAAUGUUGCUUUUGGUUUUGCUUUCGCGACAGACGUUAUCGUCGAGCAAACUCAAUUCUACAACCAGGAAGCUCCUAUAGUGUACCAGCUUCUUCUUACUAUAUCCACGCAGAUCCUUGGUUAUGGUUUCGCAGGUUUAACCCGACGAUUCCUCGUUCGACCCAGCGGUAUGAUUUGGCCUGGAACUCUGAUGUCGGCAGCCAUGUUUUCGACCCUUCACAAACAAGAGAAUAAGCCUGCUGGAGGCUGGACCAUCAGCAGGUGGAAGUUCUUCUACAUUGUGUGGACUGUGUCCUUCCUCUUUUACUUUUUGCCUGGACUACUCAUGCCAGCACUCAGUUACUUCAACGUUAUCACUUGGUUUGCCCCCAAGAACGUUGUUAUCGCCAACCUGUUUGGCGUUUCUUCUGGCCUCGGCCUAUUUCCCCUGACUUUCGACUGGGCUCAGGUCACUUACGUCGGUUCACCACUACUGGUCCCUUUCUGGGCAGCCAUGAACGUUAUUGGAGGUCUUGCUGUGGUGAUGUGGAUCAUUGCGCCUAUCCUAUACUACAGCAACGUUCUCUUCUCUUCGUAUAUGCCAAUCCUCUCCGCGGCUGUGUUCGACAAUACUGGAAAGGUUUACGAUGUCAGCAAGAUCCUUACGCCCGAAUUCCUCUUCGAUCGAGAGGCGUAUCAUAACUACAGCAGAGUCUUUCUUCCAAUCACAUAUGUCUUGAGUUAUGGUGUUCAGUUCGCUGGUCUAUCUGCUCUUUUGACACAUACCGCUUGUUGGCAUGGUAAAGAUAUCUGGACAUCUUGGAAACGCGCCUUGGAGGAGGCUCGCGAAGAUGGGCAACCCAAGUACGAGCCCGUCGCAGACUCCCCUGGAUCACCGCCUCGGCAGUCAACCGACUCAACCGGUAGACGGAUGUCAUCCGCCUCACAUGUUGAUGGGAUCAUUAGUCGUGAGGAUAUCCAUAGCAAGCUCAUGAAGAGAUACAAGGAUGCUCCCCUGAGUUGGUACUUGAUCACAUUCCUCUCCAUGACUGCUAUUGGAAUCUUUGUCGUCGAAUACUAUCCUGUCCAUUUGCCUUGGUACGGUCUUCUGCUCGCCCUCGCCCUCGGAGCUCUCUUCUUCAUUCCCAAUGGCAUCAUCAUGGCCGUGACAAACCAGCACAGCAGCAUUUACCUCAUCUGCCAACUCAUCUGCGGUGUCGUCUUUCCAGGUCGACCCAUUGCCAACAUGGUCUUCGUAACAUACGGCUAUAUCUCAUCGGCACAGGGUAUCAAGUUCGCAUCUGAUCUCAAGCUCGGCCACUACAUGAAGAUCCCUCCGCGAAUCCUUUUCCUGGUCCAAAUCGUGGCUACUCUUGUAUCCUCCUUGACCCAGAUUGGUGUGCUCAACUGGAUGUUUGCCAAUAUCAGAGGUAUCUGCACUUCUGAGGCAAUAAACGGCUUCACAUGUCCCAUCGCUAGAGUCCACUUCAACGGCUCCAUUUUGUGGGGAGUCGUCGGGCCUAACGAAUUCUUCGGUCCAAAGGCCAUUUAUCGAUCCCUGGUCUGGUUCUUCCCGCUCGGCGCCCUCCUGCCGAUUCCUCUAUGGCUCUACAGUCGACGUCACCGCUCAAGCAUUCUGCGCAAGGUCAACCUCCCUGUCAUCUUUGGCGCCAUGUCGUGGAUACCCCCUGCAACGGGUCUCAACUUCUCUGUCUGGGUGCUCGUCUGCUAUAUCUUCAAUUAUGUUAUCAAAAACCGCCACAACGCUUGGUGGAGCAAGUACACCAUGACUCUGAGUGCUGCUCUCGAUUCUGGCCUUGCAUUUGGUAUUGUGGUUGUCUUUUUCGGCUUUAUUUAUCCUGGCUUUGCGCAAAAUCUCAAGUGGUGGGGUACUGAAGUAUACAAGCAGGGUUGCGACUGGCAAGCUUGCUCAUAUAACACCGUCCCGGAGGGUGAGCAUUUUGGACCCAAGACAUGGUGA